UGCAGGGACACUGGUCUGGGGCGGCCUCCCGGGGAGGGGGGGCAAGAGGGCUGGGCCUCGCACUGGUUAAAUUGCUCACCUUCCCCAGCCCCGCUCCAAGUCCGAGCGGCUCCAAGCCUGAGCGCGAUGGGCAAGUACACGAUCCGCGUGGUCACCGGGGACUCGCUCCUGGCGGGUUCCUGCAACCAGGUGCAGCUGUGGCUGGUCGGCGAGCACUGGGAGGCCGACCUGGGGAAGAAGCUGAGGCCCGUGCGCCGCGGGACCGAGUUCAAAGUCGGCGUCCCCCUCCACCUGGGCCGCCUCCUGCUGGUGAAGCUGCGCAAGGACGAACACUUGGGGGACUUCGACUGGUUCUGCAAGUGGAUCUCCGUGCGCCGCCCCGGGACCAACGGCGAGGCCCUAUUCCCCUGCUACAGCUGGGUGCAGGGCUCUGGGAUCGUCUGUCUGCCCGAGGGCACCGGUGAGGGCGGCGGGGCAACCGACGACCAGAGCCUGUUUAAGACGCACGGAGAGCAGGAAAUCCAGAAAAGAAAGAGGAUGUACCGGUGGGGGUCCUGGAAAGAUGGGUUAAUCCUGCCUGUAGUAGGGAGAACACCGUGGGACCUCCCCAAGAAUGAGAGAUUCCGGGAGGAUAAGGAUUUUGACUUCUCUUUCUCGCUGGCAAAAGCGUAUGUGCCAGGUUGGGUUGGCACCUGCACCCCAGCAUGCAAAGGGACACUGGAGCUCACAAAUCCAGUUAAAAGACUGGAAGAUUUCAAAAGAAUAUUCCCAAGUGCGAAGACUGCGCUGGCUGAGAAGGUUCGAAAUUCCUGGAAGGAUGAUGCCCUCUUCGGGUACCAGUUCCUCAGUGGUGCAAACCCCAUGCUCCUGAGGUGCUCGAGCAGCCUCCCAGCCCGGCUGGUGCUGCCUCCAGGGAUGGAAGACUUGAAGACCCAGUUGGAGAAAGAACUCCAGGCUGGAUCUCUAUUUGAAGCUGAUUUCCUGCUAGAUGGGGUCAAGCUUAAUGUAAUCAUUUUAAAACAAUAAUAUGUAGCCAGCCCUCUGGUUAUGCUGAAGCUGCAGCCUGAUGGGAAGCUCUUACCCAUGGUCAUCCAGCUGCAGCCUCCUCAUCACGGCUGCCCCACACCCAUGCUGCCCUCCAACCCCCCUAUGGCCUGGCUGCUGGCCAAGACCUGGGUCCGUAGCUCUGACUUCCAGAUGCACCAGCUACAGUCACAUCUCCUGCGGGGACACCUGAUGGCUGAGGUUAUUUCUGUGGCCACGAUGAGGACCCUGCCCAGCCUGCAUCCCAUCUACAAGCUCCUGAUCCCACACUUCCGCCACACCAUGGAGAUCAACAUCCCUGCCCGGAGCAAUCUUGUCUCCAGAUGGGGAAUUUUUGACCUGGUACGGAGUAGGAUGGGUAAGGAGGGCAGAGGGCUCAACAGUGAAAGCAUCGGGGAUCCCUGGGUGGCUCAGCGGUUUGGUGCCUGCCUUUGGCCCAGGGUGUGAUCCUGGAGUCCUGGGAUGGAAUCCCACGUCGGGCUCCCAGCAUGGAGCCUGCUUCUCCCUCUGCCUGUGUCUCUGCCUCUCUCUCUAUCAUAAGUAAAUAAAUAAAUCUUAAAAAAAAAUAAAACAUUAAAAAAAAACAGUGAAAGCAUCCCGAUGGGUGUUUGGCUGGCCCCACCACCCCCAGCCCUGCAUCCCCCAUGAAGGCAUCUCCCUGAUUCCCUCACACCCGGGGAGGGACCUGAGAGGGAGGGACCAUUGACUAGAAUCUGACCCUGAAACCGGCCCCCCACCUCCACCCCCUGGUGGCUGAUCCUGGUAUCUGCGGUGGGGUCGUCCUCAGGGGGUGAGCACCAGUAGCGGAGGCCAUGUGGACAUUCUCUAGAGAGCCACAGCUUGCUUGACCUAUCAUUCCCUCUGCCCUCUGGCCGACCUGGCUGACCAUGGGCUCUUGGAUUUGAAGGCUUCUCUCUACGGCCAAGAUGCCCUCAGGCUGUGGGGGAUCAUCAGCUGGUGAGGGUGACGCAGAGAGGGCGACCCAGCGGGCUUGCUGGAGAGAAGGAGGAGGGGGUGGGCCACAGGUCCAGCUGGCCCCGCGGUCGGCCGCCUGGGACCAAGGGCUUUCUUGCCGGGGAGCAGGUACGUGGAGGGGAUGGUCAGUCUUUUCUACAUGACUGAUGAAGCUGUGAGGGAUGAUCCAGAGCUGCAGGCCUGGUCCAGAGAGAUCACCGAGACGGGGCUGCAGGGUGCCCGGGACCGGGGAUAAGUGCGAGCCCCUCCCCACGACCCGUGUCACCUCACCCGUCCAUCAACAGUGCACACUCACAGUGUCGUAAGCCCCCUACCGUGGGUGCCCUGAGCACCCCGGGGGGCUCACCGGAGCAUCCUCCAGAAAUCCUCCUGCCCUCGUGCACCCAGAGCUCCCUCCGCAACCAGACCCUUUUCUCCCGAGUAUUUUCCAUCCUCUCUGUAGCACCUGACGGUGCCUUUCACUGACAUGAUGCUUCUGUUAUGUCCUGGUCUCAAAGUCGCUGCUUCCCUUCUGGUCACCCAGGUUCCCUGUCUCCUUAGACACCCGGUUCAGCUCUGCCACUUUGUCACCAUGUGUAUCUUCACAUGCCCAGGUCAGCAUGCCUCUGUCCACCUGGGCCAGGUAGGCAGCUGCGAUAAGCCCUAGGGGCUCCCGGGAUGGAGUCGGCGGGAGGUCGAGUGCUCUGUGGUCAGCCUGGGUUCCUGAGGCUCCUGCACCUGAAGCUGGACUGGUACUCCUGGAUCCCCAAUGGCCCGUGCACCAUGUGGAAGCCCCCGCCUGUCUCCAAGGAUGUGACAGAGAAGGAUAUAGUGGACUCGCUGCCCACGGCCCACGAGGCCCACAUGCAGAAGACCUUCACAAAGUUCCUUAGCAGAUUCCAGCCCAUCAUGGGGCCUUGGGGCAGCACAAGGAGAGAUAUUUCUCAGGCCCUCGACCCCAGGCCGUGGCUGCCGUGGACCAGGAGAUAGAGGCUCGCAAUGCAGGCCUGCAGCUGCCCUACGAGUACCUUCGACCCAGCAUGGUGGAGAACAGCGUGACCAUAUGAGAGGGGUCACCCCGGAGCUCUGGCCUCCCCAAGUGCCUCUGAGCACCCUCCACGUUCCUUGGCCACAUCUUCUUGUGACCAGACUGACCCCCCCACCCCCAUGCUGUGUCGUCCAGGCGCCCAAGGCUGCUGCCUCAAACAGCUCCAGGGGACUCACAGGGAGGGGUUCCUGUCAACUUCUGGAGCCCAGCAUCCCCUGUGCCCACCCUACCUUAAUGUCCAGCCUGUCCUGCACUUCGGCCCUCUCCUUUUCCCCAGAGGAUCUGGCUUACCCAUCAGUAAAGAAAGACCUGAUUAAAUAAUAAAGUUGGUUUUGUGAGGUC